AUGUCCCGUAAUUUGUUCCUCCGAAUAGUUGAUGAAGUUAAAGGUCAUGAUAUGUACUUUGUACAACGUGCCGAUGCUAUGGGUAGAUUUGGAUUAUCUACUCUACAAAAAAUUACAGCCGUUUUUAGAAUGCUGGCAUACGGUUUGCCAGCGGAUGCCACUGAUGAAUAUGUGAAAAUUGGAGAGUCGACUGCAAUUGAGAGCCUGAAAAGAUUUUGCCGAGCUGUCGUAGAGGUUUUUGGUGAGCAGUAUUUGAGAUCACCAACACCUAACGAUGUUGCAAGGCUUCGGCACAUCGGUGAACAACGUGGCUUUCCAAGAAUGCUAGGCAGUCUAGACUGCAUGCAUUGGAAAUGGAAAAAUUGUCCAACAGCAUGGGCUGGACAAUAUGCAGGUCGUAGUGGAUCUCCAACAAUUAUUCUUGAAGUUGUUGCUGAUUAUGACCUUUGGAUAUGGCAUGCAUAUUUUGGUAUGCCCGACACCAAUAAUGACAUUAAUGUUUUAGAGUCAUCACAUUUGUUUUCCGAUCUUGCUGCAGAACCCUCACAUUUUUGGCAAAAAGAAGUGCUACAUGAUAUAAUGACUACAUGUGUUAUACUGCACAACAUAAUAAUCGAGAAUGAGCGUGAUUUUAAUGCACCAAUUCAAGAUGAUUUGGAAGGUCCACCUCCAACAGUAGAAAUGGCAACAGAUGAAAAUCAACAAUUUCAAGAAUUUUUAGCUCGGGAUAGAAGAAUUAAGAACAAAGAUGCUCAUUUUGCACUUAGUAAUGCAUUAAUAGAUCAUUUAUGGGAGAAUACUAGAGGUUGA